ACACGCCACGCUUUUUAUUCGGUUUGUCAAAAAGCGACGCUUCUUCUCUCUCUCACAAUUCUCUAAUCAAGCAUACCAAACACACAACUGGAACCGCGCAAUGCGGUUUCUUUGAAUCAGAUCAACUCAAUUCAACCAAAACUUAACAUUUUUCCACAUCCUUCAAUUCCAAUGGAGUCCAUUCUCAAAUUUAGCUCAAUUUCUCCGACUUUUGUCCUCAAUUCUCCUCUUUUGCCGUAUAUGCUCUCUUCUUCCACCCGCCCCCCUACAGGAGAUCCAUCCGUUGCUAAAUUUCGUCGAUGUUUACCUCAAGCGAAACUUUCUACAUCUCUACGGCCGGCGUCUCUUUCUUCUUCCGCUGCUAAUGCUGCUGCUACUUCGAAUUCUCAGCCUCCAAGAGACGGACAUUACACAGUUGGUGACUUUAUGACUGGGAAAGAAGAUUUACAUGUAGUAAAACCUUCAACUAAAGUUGGUGAAGCCCUUGAGAUGCUUGUGGAAAAGAGAGUUACUGGGCUUCCUGUAAUUGACAAUGACUGGAAUUUGGUUGGCGUUGUUUCUGAUUAUGACCUACUGGCACUUGACUCUAUAUCAGGAACUGGCCAAGCUGACACAAAUCUGUUUCCUGAUGUUGACAGUACUUGGACGACAUUUAAUGAGGUUCAGAAGCUACUGAGCAAAACUAAUGGAAAAGUUGUUGGUGAUGUCAUGACACCGACUCCAUUAUCUGUCCGUGAAAACACCAACCUUGAAGAUGCUGCGAGGUUGUUGCUCCAAACGAAGUACCGUCGGCUGCCUGUUGUUGAUAUUGAUGGCAAACUGGUUGGGAUUAUCACAAGGGGCAAUGUUGUUAGAGCUGCUCUACAAAUAAAACGUACUAUUGAUACACAAUGACGCCUGGGUUCCAGCGGGAAAGUUGUUUGUUCAUGUCAAGUCUUGACGCUACGGUAUUAUAAUAUAUGUUCUCUUCCAUUUUGUCGUCCUUGGCUUCCUACUGUGCCAAGUGCAUUGGGAGAAGGGGGAAGCAGGGGAUUACUUUGCCCGAGUAUUUGCUGGUAAGCAAGAACAUGAUCCUCGUGAGCUCCAAAUCGAAGUAAGACAUCUGUCUGGAAUCCUUGUUCAUAUCUGGUUAUUUCUGCUGGUUUCACCAAAUCGAGCUUCCUUUACAGAGUUUGAACUCCCUGUGUAUCGAACGUUUGCUGUAAGCUGGGGCUCCCAUAUGGAUGGUACCCCAAUGCUCCAUGUACCAUUUGUUAGUUUUCAAGCUUGUAGUAGUAUGAGAACUUUAACAAUAUUCUACGUAAUGUACACGUUAUAAGGAAACACCGGAGUUUGGUAACAUUAGAGUUUAUGGUUUGAUUUGAUGUGAAGAUACUUGCACUUAUUGUACACAUUAUAUAAAUAUACGUAACACGUAAGGCUUCUCAAA